AUGGCCGCGGCCGCGAUGGCCGAGCGGGGCCGCUUGCUGCCUGCAGCUGCGCCCGCGCCAGGCCUGGGCACCGAGGGGCUGCCGCGCGCCUUCCUGCAGAGCCUGCGCACCCUCUUCGACAUCCUGGACGACCGGCGGCGCGGCUACGUGCACCUGGGCGAGAUCGAGUCGCGGUGGCAGGGCGCCGACGCGCGCGAGCUGCCCCGCGGCGUGCUCGACGGCCUGCGGCAGGCGGCUCCAGCCAGCGGCUACCUGACCUUCGAGCGCUUCGUGGCCGGCCUGCGCUCCUCGCUGCUGAGCGCCGAGGGCGGCCCGCGGGGCCCGGCUGGCGCCCCGGCCCAAGAGGGCAGCCUGGGGGCGCGGCCCGCGGAGAAGACGCUGCCGCCGCAGCGGCUGCUCUUCGCCCCCGCAGACGAGCCGCGCACGGUGCUGGAGAAGAAGGCCCUGCCCCUGGGGGCGCGCCCCCCGCCUGCCGGCCCCGGGGGCGCGGCCCGGAGCCUGGAGCGACUGUGCGGCCCGCAAGAGACGGCGCCCGGGCCCGGGGAGGCUGAGCGGAGCCUGACCGCGGACGCUGGUGGGGUGGCCUGCAGGGCCGCGGAGGUGGACGUGGGAGAAACCCGGCGGGUGCCACGUGCCCGGGGAGGGCAUCGCAGGCACACCAUCACCAGCGGUGCGGACUGUGACCUGCUGAAGCAGCUGAAGGAGCUGGAGCAGGAGAAGGAGGUGCUGCUGCAGGGCUUGGAGAUGAUGACACGGGGCCGGGACUGGUACCAACAGCAGCUGCAGCGCGUGCAGGAGCGCCAGCGCCGCCUGGGCCAGGGCAGAGCCGGCACCGACUCGGGGGCUGAAGGAAGCCUCCGCCCACUGGGGCAGCUGCUGCCCAAGGUACAGGAGGUGGCCCGGUGCCUGGGGGAGCUGCUGGCUGCAGCCUGUGCUGGGAGAGGGAGUGCUCCGCCCUCGUCCUCGGGGCCCCCGGGCCCCUCUGCCCUGGCCCCCGCCUUGCCCUCAGCCCCAGCCUGGCCGAAGCAGACCAUCCUCAUGCUGAAGGAGCAGAACCGACUCCUCACCAAGGAGGUGAGGGACAAGAGCCAGCGUGUCACCCAGCUGGAGCAGGAGAAGUCAGCCCUCAUCAAGCAGUUGUUCGAGGCUCGAGCCCGCAGCCAGCAGGAGGCCGGACCCCUAGAUUCCACCUUUAUCUAG